CGAGGAAUCACUUUUUAUGCACGACUUCUAUAGGGUUUCAUACAUAAAAAGGGCCGUGCAGAUAGCGAUCUCUGUGUCUUUCCUAAUAUCAGAAGAAUUUUUCUUCAGUCACUAAGUACAGGGAAAGGUCACUGCCUGAACAGAUGGCCAGUCCAAGCAUGCAACUUUAGGUCUGAAGGCUGUGAAAUGGAGCAUACAAAUCCCAGCAUGCAACGCUUGAGAUGAAUGGCGCGACGCAAAGACUCAUUCUAGACUACAUACCCCAGGAUGCUUCUCGGAAGUCUGGCCAGUUUUCCUAUUUCUUUUCUGGCGUAGCACCUUUAUGGGAUCUGUAGUCCUGGCGCCUUAACCCCAUCUUGUUCGCCGCAUCUCUGAGCUCUACGCAGGCGCAUAGCUCCCGGGAGCCCGUUCCUGUAGCUUAGCGAUGUUAUAAAGUUUCUUUUUUUGAGGAGGGAAGGGGAGGAAAGAGCGAAGCCGAAGCGCUGUGAGGAAAAGAGGGCGGGACGGCGCCGAGGACGAGCGAAGCAGUCGCGGGGCUGCUUGCGCCGGAGGCUUCGCGCGAGCAAGGACCAGCUGGGCCGAAGCCGCUCUUCCCGCCCAUUUAUUGCGCCCCGCAGAGGAUCGCGCCGCUUCGGUGGAGGCGGAGGGCUGCGCCAGGGGGAAACGGGCGAAGUGUAAUGUUCAGGUUCAGAAAUGCCUUAUGUGGAUCGUCAAAAUCGUAUUUGUGGUUUUUUAGAUAUUGAAGAAAAUGAAAACAGUGGUAAAUUUCUGCGGAGAUAUUUCAUAUUGGAUACAAAAGAAGAUAAUUUGGUAUGGUAUAUGGAUAAUCCACAGAAUCUUCCCUCGGGAUCUCCUCCAGUUGGAUCUAUUAAGCUCACCUACAUUUCAAAGGUAAGUGAUGCAACUAAAUUGAGGCCAAAGGCAGAAUUCUGUUUUGUAAUGAAUGCAGGAAUGAGGAAAUACUUUUUACAAGCCAAUGAUCAGCAAGACUUAGUUGAAUGGGUAAAUGUCCUGAACAAAGCUACCAAAAUCACAGUACCAAAGCAGGUUGACUCAUUGUGUCAUACUGAUAAUGCAUUGCGUCAUUCUGAAAAUUUGGGAAUAAGAAAACAAAUGUCUUACAGAACAGAAAUUGUUGGUGGUGUUCCCAUAAUCACUCCUACUCAGAAAGAAGAGAGAAAUGAAUGUGGUGAAACUGAUAAAAACUACUUGAAACGGUCCCAAAGCCAUCUUCCAUACUUUACUACUAAGUAUCCUCCAGACAAUCCAGUUAUCAAAGCAGGCUACUGUGUUAAACAGGGAGCAGUGAUGAAGAACUGGAAAAGAAGGUAUUUCCAGCUUGAUGAAAACUCAAUUGGCUAUUUUAAAUCAGAACUGGAUAAGGAACCUCUUCGGAUUAUACCACUGAAAGAAGUUCAUAAAGUCCAAGAAUGUAAACAAAGUGAUAUUAUGAUGAGAGACAAUCUUUUUGAAAUUGUAACAACUUCUCGAACAUUUUAUGUACAAGCCGAUAGCCCAGAAGACAUGCAUAGUUGGAUUAAAGCAAUUUCUGGUGCAAUAGUAGCCCAGCGAGGACCUGGAAGAUCAGCAGCUUCCAUGCGGCAGGCCAGAAGGCUGUCGAAUCCUUGUAUACAGAGGUAUACAUCAAGAAUUGGUGAAUGCAGCACGAGCAUUCCAGCUGUUCAGAAUCCAGCUGUCCUGCAAAAACAGCAGCAGCCACCUCACAUUCCACAACCACUCACCGCCCCACUUUGGUCCAAACCUUUAACAGCAAACCCCUUGUCUUGGAGAAGCGAAGAUUUCAUGAAUCUUUUACCACGUCCAAAUCAGGGAGCUUCAAGAUCCAGGCUGUCCCUUCAAGAAACUCAACUUCCAAAGUGACUUUACAGGCUCUAUUGGAACCUCAAAAUAAAAAUGGCACUCAGGAACAGGAUCCUGAUCCAGUGGAUCUGGAUGAUGCAAGCCUUCCAGUUAGUGAUGUGUAAUGAUGGGGAAGAGUCUGGAAAAUUAAGAAUUGUUUUGGUCCUUGAAUUUCCUUUCUCAGACUUUUAGCCAAAGAUAGAAAGAACAAAACAUAGAAUGUUGCUUAUGUUGACCUUUCUGUAUGCAUACAUUCAAAAUUUUGUAUGUUUUAAUAGUUAUAUGCUGCCUUGCACUGUGUAUCGGAGCAGACUUUUUGCUUUUUCUGUACCCUGAUGACAAAUCAUUUUGAUAGAGAGGGGCCGAAAUAUGAUACUUGAUCUAAAAGUUAUUUAAGCAAGGUACCAGCUGCUCUUCAUCAUCAGUUUGGCAAAACUGAAAAAAAAAAAACUCUUUAAUGCUAUUUUUCAAAGCCAAUUUACAGCUUAAUGAUCUUGUAAUUCAGGCUAUUGUUAACCAAAUCGGCUUAUUUUCUAAAAAUACUGGCACAGUUUUUUGGGGCAUCUGGAUCUAUGUAUACAGUAUUCUUUGAUUGUCAGGACUGCAGAGUGUAACAGUAGACGCAAUGUAAUGCACUUUUCCUAUGCAAAGAGAUUUUUCAUGUUAAGUAUAUUUCAUGUUAAGAAUAUUAAGAAAAACACCAUGCUGCAGUAUCUGAAAUGAGGUAUGUUUUCCUUACAGUGAAUGCUUAGAUUUGAGCAAUCUAUGUAUUCAAGGCACAAAACCUGCUCAUAACAAAUAUAAUAUUUGUUAAAGUACAAUAAGUGAGAAUCUCUAUGAGAAAAGAAAGCUUAUAAGAAAGGCCCACAGAUUAUUUACGGUAACCUAAAUGUGCUGACUUAAUUGGAGCUCCUGAUAAAUACUUUGUAAAUCACUGCCCUUUCAUAGAAUCCAAAUCCUUUAGAAUUACAGAAAACUGGUGCUGUGAAAUUUACAUUACCAUAAUACAGCUAUUUUGAAUACUAAGCCUAUUUUUGAUGCACUCCUAAAGGUAAAUUGUAACUUUUGCACAUUUGGAUAUUGAUGGACCACCAAAAUAAAGGUAUUAUGUAGAUUUUUAAAAAAAUAGGGAACAUAAACUAUUAAAUCUUUUAAAGGUUUAACUAAAAUAUUUUAUAAUGGGCUUUGCAUUAAUUAUUUAAAACUAUUGUUCAAAAUUUUAUUUUCUCUUGUGUGAUCUCCACCCCCCCCCUCCCAAUUCAGUGAGUUGUAACUGGUUCUCAUUUUGUAUUUUGGUCAGUAAAAGACUGAACAAACUCUGCUUCAUGCUAUUAAUUGGUACUGAAUUAUUCCAUCAUGCAACUGUGGCCUGUAACUUCUGUGCACUGUAUUUAUUAAAAGUGCCUGUGGGUUCUUUCUUCAUGAUAAGUUAAAAGUUUGGGGGUUAGAUAGAUUUAUUUUUUUGGUUUUGAGCCUUGUGUGAUAUGGUUCAGCCUGUGUAUAAGGUGAAAUGCUAGUACGGUUUCCAGCAUACAGGUAUCUAAGCUGUGCAUAAUGGUUUUCAGACUGGAUAUUUGUUCAGUUCCAAUGACAAAUAAUAAUAGGUUUAAGGUGAUGUUGGAUAAUUGAUCAAACAAAGAAUGUACUAUUUUAUAGUUAGGUAGUGAAAAAAUCUGUUUAAUCAACAAAAUGCCCAAAGGUUCACAUGCUGCUUCUUUAUGCAAUUCAUAUUUUUGUGUAAGUUAUGUUUGAAAAAUCAUAAAGAAUGAAUGGAAAUAUUUAAACAAAAAAAAAUCCUCCACUAUUCUAAUGAAGUAGGCGUUCUUUUGACUUAUGUCUUAGUGAAGCAAAAGCCAAAAUUUUCAAAUUAGUUGAAAGGGAUGUUCCCUUAAGUCAGUGGUUCUCAACCUGUGGGUCGGGACCCCAUUUGGGGUCGAACGACCAUUUCACGGGGUCGCCAAGCAAGGCUGUCUGCCAUUUUUCCCCCCUUUUCUUUGGCCACGCCCCUGGCACCCUGUGAUGUAUAAGUGGUUGGGGGUCACCACAACAUGUGGAACUGUAUUAUGGGGUCGUGGCAUUAGAAAGGUUGAGAACCACUGCCUUAAGUUAAUCCCUUCAGAUUCUCAUUACUAUCUACUAAAAUGGUAGAAAGGGGAUGAUUCCACAACCCUCUCCAUUUCAGGAAGAAAUAUAGAUUUUUACUCAGCUGACUAGACUGUACAUAUUGUCACAGCUUUUAAAAGAUAUUCAAAUUUUAAAAAUACUUGUUACUUGCUUGCUUAAAUUAUAGUAGCAACGGGAGCUAAAAACCUUUUAUCUUGUUAGAGAACUUCAAUUAGACCAGUGGUUCGUAAGUGGGUGGGGGAGGGUACUUUUCCCCAAUGGAGUAAUUGAGGGUAAUGGAACAAUUUGUAAUUGAGUGUUUGUGAAUCAAGGAUCCAGUUUGGAACUGAUGCUGCCAAGAUGCCUGUAUAAAAAACAGAGUCUGGAUUUUUUUUUUUUUGUGGGGAUAGUGAUAUUAUUUGGAACAGGUAAGAGAAGUAAUUGAAUCAGUUUAAGAACCAUUGAGUUAAGCAGUGACCAGCACAUUCCUGCUUUUAUUAGAUUUUUAUCCUGCUUUUAUUACUUUUAUAAGUAACUCAAGGUGGUGAACAUACCUAAUACUCCUGUCUCUUCCUCUUUUCCUCAACAAUAAAAAUUCUGCUAAGUAGGUUGGGCUGAGAGAGAGACUGGCCCAUAUCUGCUUUCUGUGUGCCAUAGGUAUAAGAGGCUGUAUAGAGUAAUAUUAGAAGUCCAAUUAUGUGUUUAUUUUGUACACCCAACUCUUCUACUGUCAUGAGUUGGGUUGACCUGCUUGAAACAUGACAUUUUCAUUUGCAGUUCAUUUGUCUGUGCUAAUAUUAUAUGUUUGAUUUAUGUUCGUUUUAACUGCCUUUAACUAAAUGGUCUUUAGCUUCCAGAUUCAUUUCCCCAAUAACGUCCCCACAAAAUCUUGAUCUCAGGCUUUAUCUAUGAAGCUUUUAUAUUUGCAAGAAGAGUCGUUUGGCCCUUGGACAAGAGAACAUUUUGCCACCCUAGUUUGUUUUUUCACAUAAACUCAAAAGGUAUAGGUAUUUUAUAUAAACGAUACAAACUGACUCAAUCACUUUCCAGGUUUUUCAUUAAGUUUGUCUCGUUGGGAAUUUUCACUGUUGUUCCAACUUAACUAUAAUUCUGUUUGUCAUCAAAUAAACAGUUUGGAUCACUUGAGUCCAGCAAUUGUGAUUGUGGAAAUUUGCUACAGAGUUUGCCUUUCAAGAAUACAUUAUUCCAUUGUUAAAUAUACUAACUACAUUUAUAGAAAGUUAUAUGGAUCAAAUCUGUAUAUAUUAAAAAUUGAAAUAAAAAUGGACAAGGCCUAAAAAGGUAGAAUGCCAAAUUUCUGUGAUGUUAUUUCAGAUUGCUCCAAUAUAGCAGUCCUUUAUAUUUCUCAAUUAUAAGCUAAAUAUUUACAAGCAGUGUUUGUAAAUGACAUUUUAUUUGCCUUCUCAGUUAUAUGUGAAUUAAGGUAAAUGUUCCGUUCAGUCUAAUUCAGGAGAAUAACAUUUUAACUUGUAACAGAUUUAGCAAAUGUGUGAAAGACCUUAUUUUUCACAAUACAUAUUUUGUGGAAGAAACUGAGUUGGAUUGUUUGUUGCGUUGCCACACCUUGAUGUUGUGCUAGGUUUACUGGUUCUGGUACAAUUUUCACAUUGCAUGUUCAUUUUAUUCUUUGAAUAUUACCAGUUUUCAAUAGUGAAUUGUAAUCACAGCAGCAAUCUUAUGGAUUCCUUUAAAAUCAAACUGCUUAGGUAAUUCAGUAAUGUGGGAAAUGCUUGUGGUUGGCAAAUUGUCAGGACUUUUAAUUUAUCAGUACUUUUUUAUAUAAAAUUGAAGAAAAUUGUUAACUUAUUUGAAACCUGUGGUGUUUUCUGUGUCACACUUGUUAAUAAAUUGAGAUAAAUAAUGAAUUAUAA